GAAACACUAUCAGAUCAAAGUUAUUUCGGGGUAUACGAAAUACUUCAAUCGGAUAAGACGUUAAUCAAGAACGAGCACUCUAGAAUCGAUACCACAACCCAUACCACGAGACUCUAUUUUAUAGAGUCGAAAAUCCUUGUGAUCGGACAUGAACGUUCGCGUAGAUGUACGUGUACGUUCGCGCGAGGAAGAAAAAGAACAAAUAUGAUGGGUGCCAUCGAGAACCUCAUCAGUGCCCCACUUUCUCCACCCAAUUUGACUCCAAUAGUCACCGUACAAAACACUGAGUCUCAUGAAAAGGAAGCAAAGGAUGACUCAAACAUCGAAUCACAUGUUGGGAAUGACGUGGGUAGUGGGCUUGAACUCAUGAAUGAAGAUAACGGGAGGUCGAACAUCGUGGGUAAUAAUAAAUGUGAUAUUUCAACACAUAUUGUUAGUGCGGACACCUUAGAUCGUCCAUCAUGUGAAUGUUAUGCUCCGGUCAAAGCCUUAACUUGUGUGGUCAUUGAUGAGCUUGCCCUUCUCAAAAGUGUCAACAAGGUGGGAGAUGCAGAUAAUAAGCAAGCGGACAACCACAUUUCAUUUGACAGCAUUAAGUUGUUUGACAUUGUUGAUGCGGUCAAGACAAAGCACCUAGUUUCACCUAGAGAACCUACAUGUGGUAUUGACUCUAUCUCGCAUGUCCCUCAAUUUGCUCUAAGAUCCAAGAUGCUAGAAGAUUCAAAGACUGGACUGCUCCUCUGGUUCAGCAUUCUUUCUCCAGUCUUAAAGGGAGAAAGGGCAGUGAUUGAGGAAAACAGAUAUGGAAGGUCGGAAUUCAAGCGGAAGACCGAAGACGUCAGAGCACAGUGGAAGGUCGGAAUUCAGUUAGUUUGCGGAAGACGUCAGAGCACAUUGGAAGGUCGGAAUUCAGUUAGUUUUCCUCUCGAGAUGAAAAAGAUGGAGAGGAUGUAUAGUUUGGGUUGUAAGAGGAGAAGGUUGGAUAAUGGUAGUGUAAGAGGAUUUAAGAUCAGCAUCAUGAGUGGGUGCGACAAAUUUUCUCCUAUCUUACGGUUGCCUCAUGAAGUCCUCAGGGAAGAAGUGUUGUCAAGGCUGGCAACUAGGGAUCUAUGCCGAGCCAAGUGCGUUUGUAAGCAAUGGCAUAGCAUCAUAAGCUCCCCUGACUUCAUCAAGGUGCACCGACGCCGCAACCACGAUCCUUCACACGGGCUCCUCAUUGCAACCACAGAUUCUGUGAACAAUGAGUUCAUCUUCUACUACUCACCUCUGUCCGAACAACACCACCGCCACCAGCCUCGUGUUUUUGUCCCUCGGCUGAGGGUCCCCCGAAACCGGGACUACCAAUGGAUGACUCAAGUCGUGAAUGGCCUUGUGUGUCUAUACUCUGCCAAUCGGUUGAGUCUUUUUAAUAUAUGCACCCGUGAAAUCCUUGACCUCCCACUACCCCCAUCACCUUCCCGAGAUGCACUGUGUGCUGCUGUUGUUGAUACAUGGUGGCCUGAUACUAAUGCUGUUGAGAAGGACAACAACCUUCGCAUUCCUCGUGCUGGGGAGGCUACCAACUGCACUGCCACUCGCUACUAUUUUGGCUUUGAUACCCUGCAUAAGGUGUAUAAGAUACUAAGUGUUAGUUAUAUGUGCCGUGAAGGAUGUCCUGGCCCUGGUGAUCUGUGCGGGUGCCAACCUUUCCUGGUGCCUCAGGUUCUCUCUCUCAGUGGCCCAGUCUCCUCCUUCAAGUGGAGAAACGAAGUACCUCAUCCCAGACCAUUUAAUCCCCUUAGUAUGCACACUAUUUGUGUGAAUGGACGAUUGUGGUGGACUGGCAAUAAAAUCUCUCGCACUUGUUUUGAUCUGACAUCGACGCCUGAGCACUUUCGUAAUAUUACUGAACACCCCCCAGUCUCUGACAAGUGACAACUGCUGGUUCGUCACCAGCAUACCCUCACAAUAUGGGGGAUGCAUUGCUCUCUCCGAAGGUUGUCUACGACAGGGGAGAUCUUUGCGUCUCUUUACCCGCCCUGCAGAGCAAAUAUAUUGUGAGUGGAGUAAAUGUGAUAUCAAUUUGCCAGUCGAAUUGCUACGACGGGGGAAGUCUUCAAUUGCUCUUGUUGGAAACCUUCCGGAUGGGGACAUUUUUAUUGCCANUACUGAACACCCCCCAGUCUCUGACAAGUGACAACUGCUGGUUCGUCACCAGCAUACCCUCACAAUAUGGGGGAUGCAUUGCUCUCUCCGAAGGUUGUCUACGACAGGGGAGAUCUUUGCGUCUCUUUACCCGCCCUGCAGAGCAAAUAUAUUGUGAGUGGAGUAAAUGUGAUAUCAAUUUGCCAGUCGAAUUGCUACGACGGGGGAAGUCUUCAAUUGCUCUUGUUGGAAACCUUCCGGAUGGGGACAUUUUUAUUGCCAACGACGAAGCAGAUGACUCCUUUACUCCUGUCUAUUCCUUCACUCCUGGAAGAAACAACAAGUUCUCAAAAUCAUUUAAGGUUGGGAAGUUUCCAUCAGCUACUGCCUCAAUGUCGCCGAGAGAACUUGCUGUUGCUGUAACCUGUGUCGAGGAUAAUCUCACUCCACUCUGCAAUUGUUUUUGAAAUUGUUCCCAUCUCUAUAUGUUUAUUAUCCAUGUAAUCUGAAUAAGUUGUUGCUGUUGUGCUCAUAAAUACUGGUUCCAGUU